GCUUUCAUUACUCUCUUUCUCUUUCUCUCUUUCUCUUCAGACAAACCAUCAAUUUCUCUGUUCAUGUUUUCUUUCUUUCAUUUCCAACAAUUCGAAAGAAAAUUUAGACCGAGAAAAAGGAAAGAGAGGUCCUUGUUUUGAAACAGUGGACUCAUUUCUUGUAGCAAAAACCUUCUGUUUCUGCUGUCUAAUUUGCAGCUUUUGAACCCUUCUUCAUAGACAAAAAGAACUUCUUGUUUGAUAGUAAUUGUUAGUGUCUUUGCUUAUCAUUUUGUUUGUCCAUUUUCCAAAACGAGAAGCCAUGUAUAGAUUUGAGAAAACACUGAUGAGAGAAGAAAGAUACACGCUUGAGAGGGAUAGCCCAUCUUUCUCUUCUACUCUACUUGACAAAAUCUACCGUUCCAUUGAUGAUGCUGACACGAAACAUGAAGACUUGAAGUUCUACAGGGAAACAAUGGAAAAGAAGCAAAGCAAAGGUAACAUGAAAACCAACAGAAGCAGAGGAGGAAGAGAAGAAGAUGAAAUGUCGAGUUUCCAACGAGCUUGUUUGAUCGAGAAAUGGAUGGAAAAGAAGGUUAGUGAAAAGGCAAAUGCAGACAGGAAACAGGUUUUCUCUGAGUUUGAAAAAAAAUCACAUCAUGAACAUGAUCAUGAUCAUGAUGUUCUUUUCUUUAGCUCCACUUCCAGCUCGUCUGAUUCCAGUUCUGGUGGUUUCUCAUCAUCUGAUACUGAAUCUAUUUAUGGUUCAAAAACAAAAUCUUCAUGUUUUAUAUCACCAAGGCCUAAAUCUGUUAGGACCAGCGUGUCGGCUCGACCGGAGAAACCACUCAAAACAGAGAAAACAGGGAGAACAGAGCGGACUCUGUUUUAUGAACAGAGAGAGUUCCAUGUCUUUGAUGAUUAUCACUAUAAUUCUGCCUCUGACCACACACCAAAGCUUGAUGAAAGUCUUUUCAAGUCAAAAUCAAGAGCCAUGAAAAUUUAUGGCAAUUUAAAGAAGGUGAAACAACCCAUUUCACCUGGUCGCCGUCUCGCGAGUUUCAUCAAUUCUCUGUUCACAACAGGUAAUACAAAGAAAGCCAAGAGUUCAUCUUCAAUUGUAAGCUGUGACGAUGAAAGAAAAGUGAAGUCAGGACAGGUCUCAAAGUGUUCUUCAGUUUCCUCAUUUUCAAGAUCAUGUCUAAGCAAGAACUCGCCUUCUACGAGAGAAAGGUUGCGUAAUGGAGUUAAAAGAACAGUUAGAUUUUGCCCAGUGAGCGUAAUUGUUGAUGAAGACUGUAGACCAUGUGGGCAAAAAUCCUUAUAUGAGGAAGAAGAGUCCAGUUUACUGUCGGUUUCAGUUCCAACUGCAUGGAAAAUUGGGAAAUCGCCAACAAGAAAGUGCGAAGAAGAGCUAAAGUUUCAAAUAAUGGAGAAGACAAGACGAGUGGAAGAAAUGGCAAGAGAGUUUUUGAAAGGAUAUCAUCUAAAUCAGAAGACAAAGGAUUUUAUUUCAAGGGACACUCACGGCAAUUAUGUAGUGGACGAGAUGGAUGAAGAUGAAGAUGAUGCAGCUAGCUAUUCAAGCUCGGAUUUGUUCGAGCUGGAUCACCUUGUUCUUAUUGGUAAUGAUAGGUAUAGAGAAGAACUUCCAGUGUAUGAAACUACUCAUGUUGAAACAAAUCGAGCCAUUGCUAAUGGCUUGAUAGUGUAGUUGAUUUUCACAUGAUUCCAAGAACCAAAAUUUUCAGCUUUAACUUUUUUUUUUUUU